AACUGUGGACGCCGAGCGACAGACGAGGAAGAACUGGCAUUGCCUUUCAAAUAAUCACAGUCGCCCGCCCACUGUCCGAUGCUGUUUGCAUCGAAAAUAUUGUCGAAUGCAUGAAAAAGAUCAUCUCUGCUGUUGUGAAAGCGCUUUGCGAGUAAGAUUCUCAGCACCAAACAGACGAGCGUGGCACUGAUUCGUCUGAAGUUGUGAGCGAGAAGCUGCAACGUGAUGGAGGUUGAGAAUAAAGAAGGAACCAAGAGCCCUCUGCCCAACGGCAGCACCCAUCCUCCCAAACGUGGACGAGGCAGACCACGAGGGUCACUCAAUAAGAAGUUCACUAUUGAGAAAGCGCCGACACACAAUGCUAGGCCAUCGAAAAAGGUGGACUUCUUUUCUCCUGACAUAGUCAUAAAGACCAAGGUGAAGAAACGUGGUCGACCAAAGAAGAUAAAAAUGCCCGGGAGGCCGAGAAAGAUCCCGCUCACGCCUGAGGAAGAAUCGGAGAGACUUCACAGGAUGAGUUUACAACGCAAGCGGAGACUGUCAAAGCCGCUCGGAAGACCACGCAUUCAUCCCAUCGCUGAAGGUACUAAGGUAAAAAGGGGGAGAGGAAGACCACGCAAGUAUGGAGCAAAAUCCGGUUCGCAGAGCAGCGGAGACAAACAAGAUGGCGUCGAAAUCAGCAUUGAUGUCGCCAACGGCUCUCCACGAAAAAGAGGGAGGCCAGCAGGCUCGUUGAAAAGGAAGAGGGGUCGGCCCGCAGGUUCUACCAAGAUUGCCAAAAUCGCCAGGGCCUCAGAUGGAACUCCAAAAAAGAGAGGCCGCCCUCCAGGUUCUCCCAACAAGGUGAAGAAGAUUCAGCGGGCUGACGGAUCUCCGCGCAAGAGAGGACGGCCCCCAGGCUCUGGCACCAAACUGAAGGUCAUUCAACGAAACCCUGACGGAACUCCCCGCAAGAGGGGCCGACCUCCAGGUUCUGGCAAAAAGGUCAAGAUUGUUGAAAGGAAAGACGGAGACACUCCCCGCAAGAGAGGCCGACCUCCAGGUACUGGCAAAGUCAAGGCCCAUCCCGCAGAAGGUGGAGAGACGGGAGGCGAGAACGCCGAUGGCGCCGCUCCGCGUCGUAAGAGAGGACGUCCAAGCAAAGUCAGACUCGCUGUCGUUCUCGAAAAACUCCCCUCGGCGUCCGCGGAGGAAGACGAAGAGGAGACCGACGCACCCUCUCCCAAACAAUCUCGCACCUCUGAUGAUUCGUCGCAAAAUCCAAAUGAUGAGGAUGAAGAUACCAGGGCGAGCGAGAACGACGCAGACCCAGAAGACGAAGAGGAAGACGAUGACGCCAUUGAUUGUUCAAAAGUCAACAACACAAGUGAGAACGAGAUGGUGGGCAAAUUCAAAAAAAAGAAAUAAAAAGAUAAGGGGCUUCAUUGAAAAUUGGUGGGUAUAUUUUUCGAAGGGUUUUAAUAGGCUAUGUCAAUAAUUUUUUUUUUUUUUUUUUUUUUUUUUUUUAUCUGACAAAGUGUGCUUUUGAUGUUGCCUGCCAUGCCAGACUGUAUUCUCUCUCUCUUUUAUUUUGAAGCUCAUUAACUGAAAUGUUUGCUCACAGUCUGAUUGAACACAAUUGACUUUUUUUUUUUUGUUUGUUUGGUUUUUUUUUUGCAUGGAAAAAAUAUUUUGUCUGCAUAAUUUGAAGCAUGCGAACUAGAAGGACAAGUAUGUAGCCUGUUAAAAUCAUGGGAUCCAAAAAGAUGAUGCACAAUUAACGGUUCCAUUGAAAACGUUACCAUGCUAAGCACACACCUUAUAUGUUACCAAUGGCUUGUGCCAAAGCAACUGACAAACCAGACCGUUUCAGAUGUAGUGUCCUCAUAGCUGUGCAAUAGUCUGUGUGCACAGGAUUUUAAAGUACUCGAGGCUAAUUUUUAAAAUUGAAAUCGCCCAGACGGUUUUUAGUCGACGUAGUAGUGGCUGUGAAAAUCUGCAGCUUUUUGGAGGAUGACAAUUAAGCGCGUCUUUGCUGUAGAUUUAUUUCUUUUAUCAUCGUCGGUUCGUUUAUACUUCAACUCUGUAAAAUCAGUCUCGCCGAGUUCAGUGUUUUAUAGUGAAACGGUCUUAUUUUAUGCUUUGUAUCAUCAGAUCUUUGUCUGAUAGUUCGGUCAUAUAUAGGUGUUGAGUGCUUAGUUUAUGACUCCCCUCAUUUUUGCCAAAAUAUUGUGAUUGCUUCGUUUUUAAGACAUGCCAUUGUUUUUCAAAAUGUGAAUACAUACAAAUUCUGGUUUGACAGUAGGCUCUUGGGUCCUGCUUUUUAAUUUUCAUAUCGUUUAUGGCUUUUUAUAUACAUUUCUUGUUGCUCCUGUCUUUUUGAACUUUUUCUCAUGGAACCGUGUUAUUUUUUUUCUCCUUGAUUUGCUUAGUUUGUGUAAAAGCAUAGACAUUUCUCUUGCUAUAAACCGUAGAUCUUGUCUAAUUAAUUUUCAUGUAUGAUUUAGUUUUAAACUGUAUGUACCAGUAGAUGCUGAAAACAGAUUGUUUUAGCUUGCAUCUAGAAAUGUUCUUUCAUGUUAAUAAAACAGUUACUGUUCAGACAUGAUGGUUCAGUAGACAUUAAGUGCAUUUCAUGUACACGCUUUUUUAAUUAGGUUACUCAUCUGUGCUGUAGUACGAAACAUUUCUGUAUCACUGCUUUGUAUGAUUCAUUUCACUUUGUGAUCUGAAUGAUCAUUGUUUCUGAUUAAUAACCAAUUAAAUCAUACCAUAUUCA